AUGAAAACGGGGGGUUCCUCUCCUCUAAACAACCUUGUCACCGGUCUCCUCCGCGAGAGCUGUUCCGGUGGUGACGUCUACUACUGCUCGCAGAAAGACGUCGAGAAAGUCGGCCUGAUCAACAUUGACCUCAUUCUGCAGUGCAGCUUGAAUCACCUUGUCUAUUUCAAAAAUGUUUAG